AUGAUACAUUCAUUUAUAUUUACUAAUUUAAUAAUAAAUAAUAUUAGUGAUAAUAAUAAUAAUAAUAAAUUACAAAAAAUCAAUAAUCAAUCUAUAAUUAUUAAUUAUAAUAGAUCACAAUCAAUAUUUAAUAAUAAUAAUAAUACUAUACAGAAUUUAUUGCAUUCAACAGAUUUGUCUUUGGAUGAUUCUAGCCAAAAUCAAUAUUAUAUCGAUAACAUUUUAGAUGAAGAUUUUGAAGAGAAAUUGAACGAUUUUCCAAACAAUGAAAUAGAACAACUCAAUGAUAGUUUCGAAACUAAUUUUCCAGUAAAUGAACCAUAUAAUGAAUUAUAUUCACCUGUUAAUACAAUCUUAUCUAAUUUAAGUAAAAAACAAGUUGACAUAAAUCUGGAUUCUAAUACAAAUUUACGAUUUGUUAAAUAUUUUGUUGGAGAAACUAUUCGAAUGCGUUGUAUCAUACCCGAAGGAUCUCAUGUGAUAAUGUGGAAUAAAAUUGGUGAAGAAUAUCCACUUACAAUAGGUAAUCAUAGAUUUAUUCCAGAUAAACGAAUUAGUAUUAAACAAAAAUCAUCAAAUAAAUGGAUAUUACGAAUAAUUAAAGCUAAAUUAACUGAUAGUGGCUUAUAUACUUGUACGAUUAAAUCUAUCCAUAAAGAAGAUAAUAUUAUAAAGGAUAAUUCUAAUGUACAAAACAAUAAUGAUCAGAUAAUAAAUCAAACGAAUAUGAAUAUAACAUUGGCUAUUAAACAAAUGAAUAAUCCUGAUUAUUAUAUAUCUGUAGUGGAACCACGAUCAAAUGAAGCCAAACAAGCAAAUAUUACUGUUGUAUCUGAUAAUUUUAUUUUUAAAAAUAGAACACUUACUGUCACUGGACCACGUGUAGUCUACUACGGCAGUCCGUUGGAAUUAAAAUGUUAUGCAAAGUUUUCAAUUGAUGUUCGAGCAUCCGGUUACGAAAUACUUUUAGAAUGGUAUCAUCAUGGUGUUCGAAAGUCCUCGGACCCAUUUAAAUCUGGUGGUGUGUACAUAGAACAAAAAUGGUUAGAUCCGAAAACGCUUGAGAGUCGUUUAUUUAUAAAGUGGGCAAGUGAAUCGGAUACUGGACAAUGGAUAUGUUUAGAACGGUACAAACCAAGUGAAAAUAACACUGAACAUGAUUCUUCACAUAUGAUUCAUUUAAAUCCAAUACAUAAAAGCUUAUUAUCAAAGGAUAGAAUUCAAAAUCGUUUACCGGUUUCAUCUGUUUCAAAGAAUCGGCCUUUGUCUUCAACAUCUCCGUUAUUACCCACUUCAAGAAUAAUGUUUGGAAGAAUAGAAGUAGAAAUUAUUGAUAUAUCAAAAGCUUCAAUUCAUUUAAAUGGACUAAGAUCAAAAGAUAUAAAUUAUAUGUAUAGUAAUACUGGUUCCAAUUGUAAAUUACAUCAGUCCAUUAUCAGUAACAUCACUUAUUUAUACAACAUUAAAUGGUUGUUUAUAAAAAUAUAUUUAUCCAUGAUCAUUUUAAACUAUUUUUUAUAAUAAGCCUAGUAACAGAUAAUCUAUC